GGGCGGACCAGACGGCGACGGCCUAAGGCUGACGCGGCGGGACCUGGCUAACGCGGCGGGACCUGGGCGACGCGGCGGGACCUGGGUGAGCUCCGGCCGCCAUGGAGCGGGAUGGGGAGCAGCUGUCCGCGCGCCCGGCUCUCGAGACGGAGGGCCUGCGUUUCCUGCACGUCACUGUGGGCUCCCUGCUGGCCACGUACGGCUGGUACAUCGUCUUCAGCUGCAUCCUUUUGUACGUGAUCUUUCAGAAGCUUUCCACCCGCCUGCGAGCCUUGAGGCAGAGGCAGCUGGACCGAGCCGCGGCUGCUGUGGAACCUGAUGUUGUUGUGAAACGACAAGAGGCCUUAGCAGCUGCUCGCCUGAAAAUGCAGGAAGAACUCAACGCACAGGUGGAAAAGCAUAAGGAAAAACUCAGACAGCUCGAAGAAGAAAAGAGGAGACAGAAGAUUGAAAUGUGGGACAGCAUGCAAGAAGGAAAAAGCUACAGAAGAAAUGCCAGAAAGCCUCAGGAAGAAGACAGCCCUGGGCCUUCUACCUCAUUAGGCAUUCCAAAACGAAAGCCAGACAGAAAGCCUCUGCGAGGAGGUGGUUACAACCCUUUGUCUGGGGAAGGAGGCGGAGCCUGCUCCUGGAGACCUGGACGGAGAGGCCCCACAUCUGGUGGAUGAGGCUAAGAGACCUUGCUGGUGCCCACUUGGGCACUGAGCAAGGCAAACCCUUCAACCUCCCACCUUCGAUUGCCUUAACGCACACUUUUUCACAGUGACUACAAAAA